AGGAAAAAAAAAAAAAAACAACGCGCAUCCCCAUGUUAGCAUACCCAACUCCCUUGGCACACUCGAUUGAAGCCCCUCACAUGCGAAUUUUCCCUAGGUCAGCCCACUGCAGCCAAUAAAAACCCAACCAUUUUGCUCAAGUCGACGCUCGCAGCCUUACUUCCCAACAGUCUUUCUCCGCGCUUCUCCCUCCGCAUCUGAAGCGUCAGCUGCAUUUUCAGGUGAUGAUCUUGAUUCUUGUCUUCCGUUCUACACAGUAUUUUGACUGUCUAUAGGAUCUCUUUGUCUUCUCAUUCACUUCCUUCAUCUUUCUCUCCGCGUAGAUCUCGAGUUUUCUGUUCUCUUGAUUUUGAACGCUUGAUGCUUCGUCUCUUAGGAUCUAAUUUUGCGUUUUGUUAUGUUUAAUCUGAUCUGAGUUUCUUAUGUUGGUUUCUUUGUGGGUUGUCUUUGGUUGCUCAUAGCUUUCUGCCUGUUAGAUCUCGUUCCGAAUAUGGAUGAGUUGAUUGUUGCCGGAUGAUCAUAUCGAGUCAGAUCUACUUUUUUUGUGCGUUGCUAGUUAUCUUUUCCGGUGAAUUCUUGGAUCAUUCCUUUGCUAUAAUAUCUGCUGCGGGUUUCCUUUUUGUUGUUUUAGUGUAUGGGUUAUGCUUCUGAUUUACAUGCUAAUAUUGAUGUUUGUAAUUGUUGCUCGUGGAUCGUUGGUACGUAGUAGAUAGGUCUUUUGGCCAGUGGGCUGCCCUCUGGAUGUCGUUAACAAUCUAUUCUUUUCUGGGCCCUACUCAUAAUUGAAGGGUUCAAUUUCGAUCCAUUCGUUUGUAAUGUUUAAUUCCUUUGGCAGUAUGAACAAUCUGAUUGUCUUCUCCUCCUUUGUAAUUAAAUCCAAUCACGACCCAUUUGAGCUUUGAGUUGCUUGAUAAACCUUUGCUAGAUUCCCAUAGUGGAUUUUUUUUUUGUCGAUAUUUAGGAUGCGCGGAUUAUUUUGACGUGCUGUGUUCGUAGUGUCUCUGAGAAAUAUAGGUUGAUUGUGUGAUUGUACUGAGUUCGUAGGUUUGAUCCUUGUCUUACCGUGGCUAACUGAAUAUGAGUGAUUGGUUUGGAUUUUAGAUCUGUCUUAAUCUAAUGAUUUCCUUUUACUUUCUCUUACUUGCAGGGAGAGUGACAAUGGCUGAUCAGGUCCAACAUCCCACAGUGAUGCAGAAGGUUGCUGGCCAGUACCUGGCCUCCCAGGACGUUCGGAGGUAUGAUGGUGCUUUCCAGAUGCCUGCCUUGUACCAAAGGCGUGCAUAUGGAAACUACUCCAAUGCAGCCUUCCAGUACUGCGGAUCAUCUUCUGCAUCGGCCAUUGUACCAUCAAGUGGAUCUCCUGUUUUUGUUCAAGCCCCAUCUGAGAAAGGGUUGGCGGGUUUUGCUAUUGAUUUUCUCAUGGGAGGAGUCUCUGCAGCAGUUUCUAAAACUGCUGCGGCACCUAUUGAGCGUGUGAAGCUUUUGAUCCAAAAUCAGGAUGAGAUGAUCAAGACUGGCAGACUUUCUGAGCCUUACAAGGGUAUUGGUGACUGUUUUAAGAGGACAAUGGCUGAUGAAGGCGUUGUUGCAUUGUGGAGGGGUAACACAGCUAAUGUCAUCCGUUAUUUCCCCACCCAGGCCUUGAACUUUGCCUUCAAGGAUUACUUCAAGAGGCUGUUCAACUUUAAGAAGGACAGGGAUGGGUACUGGAAGUGGUUUGCUGGUAACCUGGGAUCAGGUGGUGCUGCUGGUGCUUCUUCCCUUCUCUUUGUGUACUCUUUGGAUUAUGCUAGAACUCGUCUGGCAAAUGAUGCUAAGGCUGCAAAGAAGGGAGGUGAGAGGCAAUUCAAUGGUCUAGUUGAUGUCUACAAGAAGACCUUGGCAUCUGAUGGUAUUGCUGGGCUCUACCGUGGGUUCAACAUCUCCUGUGUUGGAAUCAUCGUAUACCGUGGUCUCUACUUUGGGAUGUACGACUCUCUGAAGCCAGUUCUCUUGGUUGGAGACCUCCAGGAUAGUUUCUUCGCUAGCUUUGCUCUGGGUUGGCUAAUUACCAAUGGUGCUGGUCUUGCAUCCUACCCAAUUGAUACUGUGCGCAGAAGAAUGAUGAUGACAUCUGGUGAGGCUGUGAAGUACAGCAGUUCGCUGGCUGCGUUCAAGCAGAUUGUCAAGAACGAGGGAACCAAGUCUCUCUUCAAGGGUGCUGGUGCUAACAUCCUCCGUGCUGUUGCUGGUGCUGGUGUGCUUGCUGGUUACGACAAGUUGCAGCUGAUUGUUUUCGGCAAGAAGUACGGAUCUGGCGGUGCUUAAGUUCCUUUUACUGGCGUCUCAUUUUAGCCCUCUAGAUGUUGAUGAAAAUCUUUCACCUUCCGGGAGAAGUUAGUCUUUUUCUGCAAACAGACGUUAUGAUUAUGCUUCUUCAAAUAAUUACAAUUUUUUUUUUGAGAGGGGGUGGGUGAUAAAUUCCCCCUGGAACUGCUUUCACUUCGGAAUUUUGGAUUGAGAAAGUUGUACCUUGAUAUAGUUUGUGGCCAUGGUGCCACUGUCGGAUAUUUCUAUUUUAUGUUCUUGAUUUUGAGCGAUAAUCUACACAGGGUCCGUUAUCCUUUCUGUUAUGUGCAUGUUAAUUUAGGGCCAUCUGGUAUGUCAACUUUUUAGCUCUUUUUCUACAUGAUUGAAUGUUGGGUUUAGGAUUUAUAGCGCAGUAAAUGAAGCCAAUUUGU